ACUCUGUGACAGUGACAGCGACAGCGACAGCAGCAGAGGCGACGACUGAGGCGAACGAACGUUGCGCCAUGGAAGUGGAAGCCAUUCUCGCCGGUCUGAUCCCUUCUUGGAGCUCCGUCGUUCUUCUUUCGUGCUAUUUGGGGUAUUUGGCUGUCGCCGGAUCCGUGCUUCCGGGAAAGAUCGUCCCCGGCGCCCUUCUAUCAGACGGCUCACGUCUCCAUUACCGAUGCAACGGUUUGGCAUCACUUUUGCUGUUAGUGGCACUUCUAGAGAUUGGUAUUUACAUGAAGUUGAUGUCUGCCGUGGUCAUAGCAGACAAAGGACUUGAGUUGCUAUCAGCAACUUUUAUAUUCAGCCUCUUUGUUUCCUUGGUACUAUAUGCUGCUGGCCUUAAGUCACGUAGCCAGAGCUCUUCUUUAAAACCUCACGUCACAGGAGACUUUAUUCAUGACUGGUGGUUUGGAGUACAACUUAAUCCUCAUUUCUUGGGAAUUGACCUCAAAUUCUUCUUUGUUAGAGCUGGAAUGAUGGGUUGGUUGCUAAUCAAUCUCUCUCUGUUGGCAAAGAACUAUGAAGCUGGCACUGCAAACCUUUCAGUUAUUCUUUACCAGCUAUUUUGCACGUUAUAUGUUUUAGAUUAUUUCUUCUAUGAGGAAUUCAUGACCUCCACGUGGGAUAUUAUAGCUGAAAAGUUGGGCUUUAUGCUGGUAUUUGGAGAUCUAGUCUUCAUUCCUUUCACUUUCAGUAUCCAGGGAUGGUGGCUUUUGAAAAACAAAGUUGAGCUAACGAAAGUUGCUGCUGUUGCCAAUUGCUUGGUUUUCCUUGUUGGUUAUCGAGUAUUUAGAGGAGCUAACAAGCAAAAGCAUAUAUUUAAGAAGGAUCCUAAAGCUCCCAUAUGGGGUAAAGCUCCAAAAGUUAUUGGAGGAAAGCUGCUUGCCUCUGGUUACUGGGGUAUUGCAAGACACUGCAAUUACCUUGGUGACUUACUGCUAGCACUUUCAUUCAGCUUGCCGUGCGGAAUAAGCUCUGCCAUUCCAUACUUUUAUCCUACAUACCUCCUUAUUCUACUUAUUUGGAGGGAGAGACGAGAUGAAGCAAGGUGUUCGCAGAAGUACAAGGAAAUCUGGGCAGAAUACUGCCAGCUAGUUCCAUGGAGGAUACUGCCAUAUGUGUACUAAAAUCACUAAAGUGAGCUCGAUAGAGGCAACUCAUUUGUUAUUUCCCCAUAAUAGUGGUCAUGGAAUGGGUGCCUCAUCUCCAAAUUCUGUGCCUUGACCGAAUCAUGUUACUCACCAACUGUUUGCAAACAGGUCUUCAUGCAAAGUGUCCUUGUAUGUAAGCUCGUGAUGCUCGACAUUAUUGUUUGCAGAACUCAUGUUAAUUAGGUAGAUCAUCUUGUAACGGAAAUAUUGCUGACUGUUUAAUCACUAGCUAAUUUGAACUUGGAGUUGUGCCGAA